AUGGCUGUGAGUGUAUUCCAGCAGAAUGAUUCGAUUAAUAUAAACAUUUUCAGUUCCGAAGAGUUGUUACAACUCCCACUUAUCUGUAACAGAAGAGGUGGUCCGGUUCUUCAAAAAGUGGCCCCGUUUGGCAAAAACAAUGUUUUCAAGAAGAAAGAAUAUCAAAUCAAAAUGCAGUACUAUCACAAUUGUAGUACAGAUAACAUGGUUCGGAAAAUAGAAAAGAGCUUCACAUAUGUUCCAAUGAAGAAAACAAAAGGAGCAUCCCUAUUCAAAAUUCAAUUAAAAGACAAUGGAUACCUUUUCGAUCAAACAUUUGGUCCCUUUGUGGCGAAACUUGUUUACCCUGAGAAUGUCUUGGAUUGGGGAUUGGGAAGAAUCGUUCACAACGACGAAAUGGGCAGGAAGACGAAAUGGACCGAUAAACAUGGAAAUUUGUAUUUGAAAAUGCAGUGGAAGCAAUUAUUUAAUCUGUGA